AUGUACACGGUCUCGCUUCCACAUGGGCCUUUCCUGGGCAGCCGGGCCCAAGCAGCCUUCGUCAGCUUUUCGGUUCUGGGUCUCACACUGCUUUUUAGCAAGCUCUUUUACAACGCAUAUCUUCAUCCUCUACGCAAGUUCCCUGGGCCGCUCUUAGCAAGGUUGAGCCGCUUGUACUACUCGUAUUACCGUAGUACGGGCCGACUUGAAUGGAAGACGCUUGAACUUCACAAAAAAUACGGAAGUGUAGUUCGUAUCGCACCCAACGAGUUAAGUUUCAACGCUGGUACGGCAUGGGACGACAUCUAUGGACAUACUACCAAACGCCGGAGUGGACGAAGGCUGCAAAAAGAGGCAUUUUUCUACCUGGGGGCCGUCGCCCCGAACGGUGAGAAGAAUCUCGGAGCCAGCUCCGACGAGGACCAUAGCCGCAUACGUGGAGUCCUGUCCAGUGCCUUUUCCGAGAAGGCAGUCUUUGCCCAGGAGGAUCUUUUGAUGCGCCAUAUUGGUUUCAUGAUAGAAAGAAUCCGCAGUCUCAACGGGAUACCAACAGAUGCCGUCCGGUGGCUUCACCAUUGCACGUUCGAUAUCACCACGGACCUCUCACUCGGCGCCAGUGCCAAGACCCUCGCCUGUGACGAGUGGAGUCCACUGGCUCAUCUCAUGUUCGAAGGUAUCAAGGAGGGAAUUACCGCUGUCGAAAUACUGCGCUUCGCGCCUUUCAAAUACCAAGCCUUCAGCCUGCUAAUCAAAGCCUUCGGAAAAGCGCGGCUUGAAGCAUUCCAAGCAGCAAUCAACCAGGCCCACAUACGCAUGGCCCAGGCAACCACGGACAAAGAAGACAAGAAACCCGAUUUCAUGUCGUACAUCAUAAAGGCAAAUAAGACGUCCAAGGCGCUGACACCCAGCGAAAUAACUGCAAAUGUCGCGCUCCUCCUUGAUGUUGGGUCCGAAACCACGGCCUCGCUGCUUGCUGGCUGCCUGUUCUAUCUCACCAAAAGCCCGCACAUUCUUGAGAAGCUGACUUCAAUGAUUCGCAAAGAUUUUCAAACACCUCAGGAGAUCAAUUCCAAGCAUCUUGCCCAAAAUUCCUAUCUGACAGCGGUGCUCAAUGAGGCCCUCCGCAUCUAUCCACCUGUAGCGGGAGCCACGCCCCGAGUAACGCCCCCAGAGGGAUCUCAAAUCGAUGGCCGAUAUGUUCCGGGCAAUAUGAGCGUUGCUGUUAACCAGGUUGCCAUGAACAGGUCCCCUAAGAACUUCACUAAUCCGGACCAAUUUGUACCUGGGCGCUGGUUAGGCGACGGCUGCUUUCCCGAUGACCAGUUGCAGUUGUGCCAGCCAUUUUCUCACGGCCCCAGAGCCUGUCUGGGUCGCAAUCUCGCUUGGGCUGAAAUGCGUCUUAUCAUGGGGCAUCUUCUCUGGAAUUUCGACGUAGAAUUGAGCUCAGAGUCUGCAAAUUGGAACAGCCAGAAAACAUGGUUUAUUUGGGACAAGCCAGAUCUGAUGAUACGCUUCAAAAGUCGUGAGGGACAAUAG